AUGUACCCGCUACAGCGUCACUCCGGAGCACCGGCACGUCUGGCCUCCUGCGCACGAGCGCCUCUCGCACCGCGAUCUCACGUCCAACCGCCACGACAGCAACUGCCUGCCCAUCGCGGUGUGGAUCUCAUCCAGUCCGCCUACGCAGUGCUCUACAAGGUGCAUGCCCACGCCACGCAACUGGUCGAGGAGGCAGAGGCGUACCUGACUAGCACCUACGGCGGGACCGUGACCGCUGCGUUCAAGGCAAAGGCACAGCUUUACAACCCCACACCACUGAAGAAAGACAGCACAGCCGCCAUGGCGGCGGAGUCGCUGCUGCAGAGAUGCCUAACGAUGCAGGCGCUUCUGGAGCUGGAGGGCAGCAACGCCGCCGUCUCACCAAGUGCAGCGAAGGACCUGGCAAGCGCGCUCUCCGUGCUCGUGGCGUGUCUUCCAGUGGACUGGCAGACCCUCGUGGUGAAGCCGGAAAAUGUGCCAGCCGGGGGCGUUAGUGCCGCUGCACUAGUCGCACCGGAGGUGUCGGCAGCAACGCCAACUCAGCAAGCGCCUACUUCUACUGCAGACGGCAGUCGCAUCGCAGUCUCCUCAACGAAGCGCGGCACCUCCACGCACGCCGUGGGCAGUCUCGUGACGAGCCCGACUGACCUUGUGCAACUGGCAUUGCUGCUGCGGCGCCGAUGGACACUUCAGCGUGACCUCAACCUCCUCGUGGUGGCGCUUCGCGAUAUCUGUGCUGUGGUCGCAGCCGGCGGGGAAGCUGCAAGCAGUGGAAAUAACUUGAGAAUGUCUGCAGCCGAGGAUGUGCCGCCGCCGUUGAUGACGGUGGCAGUGACUCUGGCCAUGCUGCAGCUGCCGCGUAUGCCCGCAAUGCUCGAGGUGCACGAGGAACGCAUGCAGGUGGGACGGCUGCCUGCCGGAGGCAUUGCAGACGCAACUUCAGCCUACCCGCACCCCUGCCCCGCCACAGUGCUGCCGGUGUGGCUCUGGCGUGCUUCAUGCGCCACUACAAGUCAGCAUAGCGAAGGUAUGAAGAUGACGGCGGUGCCUGCAACAGUGGUGGUAGCGGCGUUGGCAUCUGCGCGUCAAAUCACAAGGCAGGUGUUCAAGUGGGAGGCGCACGUGGCCCGCUACGUGACCGCUGUCCUUGCAGCCCCAUCUUCGGUAUCGCCGCAGGGGCAGCAGCCGGGCAGCGCUCGCGGCGGCGUAGGCAGCCCAGCUGAAGCGAGCGUGAUGUCAGUGCUUCACAGGUCUGACAAGGACUUCCUCUUCGAUGUACAAGUGGAUAUGAGCCUAGAGCACGGUGCCUGCAAUGAAGUACAGCUCCUGUGGCUCACCGCGGCGGCAGCUGCAUUGGGGACAGCAGCAGGUGCCUCUUGUGGCGGCGCUCUCGCCCCCGCAGGAGUCGAGAAACGAUGCAGCAAGGUGGAGCGGACGCUGCGCACGAUCUCGCCCGGCUCAGCUGUGGCGCGUGCGCUGCUGCCUGGAGUACUACUACUGCUGGGGUGCGCGGCCGCUUGCCGUCGCCAUGGCCUGGAGAACCCGGCAUCGGACGCGUCAUCGAGGGGGCUGCAGUACUGGAUGGAAGCCCACAUGCUUGGGCGGCAGGUACUGGGCAGUGCGCACCCGGUAGCUGUGGCGGUGGCUGCGUUGCUGCCCAACUCGGCCGUGGCUGCCAGUGGCGAGCGGCAGCCCUCAGCCUCUGCGCCGGCAUCGUUCACGGCAGCGCACAUGCAAGCGGUUACGCCAGCGUUGUCGAAUGGUCGCAACAGCGACAUGACGUGCCUCAGCGGCAAAGACGUCUCACUGCCGUUACACUCGCAGCUGCAGCAACAGCAGCGCAGUGCAGAGGCCGGCACACUCACCCGCCUGCCACCUCUCCCACCGGUGCCGGCCUCUGCACUGCGGCCACCGCAACACGCGCCACUGUUCGCCACCUCGGCGCCGCUGCGACUUGAGCCAGCGUCUUCGCCGCUCGCCUCCUCUCGUCCUCUGCCAGCCUUGGCGGUGUCCCACCCGUACCUGACGCGACCACCACAGUCACCGCCAUACCCGUCGUUGUCGCUGCAAUCCGCGCAGACCUCAGUGAUAACAACGGCAACGGCUUGGUCCUCGAAGGGCGACCCACCCCCUCCUCUUGGGCAUACCUUCCCGCUGCCCUACACUCCUUCCUCCACUGCGGCAGCCGUUGACGGUGCUGCCACACAGUUUUGUCGCCCAUCGCCGCGGUCAUCGCUGUCGGCGUUGAAGCCGCCUGGUGGCCGAUCGCUGCGGCACUGCCACCGGCUGCAGCGGCCGGAGGAUGCGUUCGCGUUGCGCAGUGUCGUGAAGGAUGCCACGCUGCCUGCUGGCGACAAGGAUGGCGCUGCAGCGAAGAAGAAAAACACAGCGCGGCGCCUCAAGAACAGCAAAGGUAGCCCGCAGAGCUCGACGGCAGCUUUGUUGCUCUCCGCCAUAUCCUCAAAGUCCGCUGGCGCUGCCGGAACCCUCACCUCGGCGGUCAGCUCCGACCGCAAUCCGCGUCGGCAGCUGAAGCGUGAUCGCAAGUUCUUACCGGCGCCUGGUCCGCCAGCGAGCCUGCUCAGCGCCGCCAGCACGUCAACUUUGCCGCAACCGAAAGAGCAGCCAGAAUCGAAGCAGCAGCAACAGCAAGAAGGCGUCCAAGAGUCCCAACAAGAAGAGCUCUACAAGGGUGCGCCGCUCGACCUCGAUGCCACCGCACAAGGUGUCCAGGUAAUCGAGCCAGAAGCUGAGCAACAGGACAGCAGCCGUAGUGGUGGCGCUGCCGACACGGAGGCCAUUGGUGCCUCGGCGUCGCCCAUUCCCGCCCCCGUCAUCACCACCGAUCAGCAGUGUGGCUUGGUCCUCAUGAGCAGCCACAGCAACAUCAAUAUGCAACCCAAGGGAGACGGAGACGCACCCGACCCACAUUUAGCUCAGGCCGCCGGCACAGACACAGAGAAUGCCGAAGAGGAGGAGGAGGAGGAAGAGGAGACGCUUCCAGAACGCAACGCACGCUUCCAGCGCGAGAUCAUCAGCUACUACGCCGAGCUCAACGAGCGGCGCGCGAAGGCGGCACUGAUGAUUCAGCUGGCGUGGCGCUCAAGUAAGGCACGCCAGAGCUUGCACGUCCGCCGUCAGGCCCUCUACCGAUACGUCUACACGAUCCAGAAGGCGGCCGCGCUUGCGAUCGACGGUUUUCUCUCGUGUGUGCUGGAACAACGCCGACGUGAAGCAGCUCUGUGCGCGCGCACCCUAGCCAACAAGCGUCGGCUAGACCAGGAACAGAAGGAGGUCGCCGCCGCCCAGCGGUUGACUCGUGCCAUGUGUCAGUGGCUGCAACGACAGCGCGAGCGGCACCACCUGUGCAAGGAGCUCGGCAUCACCCACGGCGCGCGGCUACGGCUGUACAUGAUCACCGCAGUCAAGGUGCAGCAGUGGUGGCGCCGUGUAGUCGUCCAGAGGGCGUACUGGCGCCGCCACAAUGUAGAGGUGGAAGAGAAGCACCGUCUCGAGGCAGAGGCGAUCCGGCAGGCGCACGCAGCGGUCACAAUACAAGCGCGACUGCGCGGCAUCCAGGCACGCAGUCGCGUGGCGCAGCUGCGCGAGACCCGCAAGGCCGAAGCGCUCGAGCUUCGUCGGUGCCGCGAUUCUGCCACGACGGUGCUGGCGCUUGUACUCCAGGAGUACGCCAAGCGUCAGGGCCGCCGCCACCGCGAGGCGUUGGCGCAGGAAGAGAACAGAGCAAAGGCGGCGCAACGCAUCACGGUGGGCUGGCGUCGCACCGUCGGACGUCGUCGCCUGGACUUAGCGGUGAAGCGCGCUCGACAGCUGCGCACGUCGGCGACGUGCAUUCAGCAAGUCUGGAGACGCUACGUCGCAGGAAGCCAGCGCCGCUAUCUCCGCCAGCUGCGCCACACAGUGCAGGAGGAGCGCCUGGAGCGCGAAGCGCGCACCUACGAGGUCAUUCGCCUUCUCCAGUGCUUCGGCCGCAGUGCGCAGGCGCAGCUGCUCGUGCGCCGUCUCAAGGCAUGUCAAGGGCGCACCUUCAUGGAAAACCUCUAUCUUAUACAAGCAGCCGGUCGCGGCGCCUUGACCAGAGCUGAGAUGAGACGGAUGCAAGUGGCGGAGCAGGCGAGACAGCGCGCCGCAGCCGCGGCCCUUGAAAUCCGGCGCCUGCGCGCAGCCUCUCUUGUGCAAGCCCUCCUACGAGCGCACGUCUCCACAGCCCUUGUGCAGCAGUGGAGGCGAACGAUCCUCGCAGAGAAGCUUGUGGUGCGCGCCACCGCAGCACGUGAGAUGCGAGAAGACACGGCUGCCACCGUACUGCAACGCGCUGUGCGCCGACAUCAAAUGCGCCAGCGCACCGCCGCUGCCGAAGCAGAGACGGCAGCCGCACUGGCAUUCCUCGGUGCGAUGGCGCACCGCCUCCAGCAAGCGUGGCGCGCGUUCGCGGCGCGGCGCGAGCGGUGCUAUCGUGCUGCCGCCGCGAACCAGUGCGCGCGCAAGCGGCUCGAGUGGGAGGAAGUGUGGCAGCUGAUUUGGCAAGAUCAGUUCACCGAGCUUGAUCUUCUGUGUGUGAUUGAGCGGCACUACAUCGAGGAGCAGCAGCACGUGGAGCGCGUCCGGCUCUACUCCUACCUGUGCAACCCGGACGAUGCCACCAACGACAAGUGCGGCGCUGAGACCUGUGGUGUCCCUAACGCAGACGCGGAUGUGUUGAAGUGGGCCGCCCUGUACGAGGAGUGA